AUGACAUUCCAACACAGCUCUCGAGCUCUACUCACCGAUCCCGCAUGGGCUCCAGUGGAACCGCAUAGUGUUCUCAGGCAAGAGCGCGCCGAAUUCGUCGGGCUGUUACUGGCUUGGGGUUCAUGGGGGAUACUCUUCACCGUGGCCAUACUCUGCGUGAAUGUGCUUUGGCGUAACAUCCGACGGGGCAAUACUCAGCAUCGAUUCCUCCUCGCAUACGUCAUAAUGAUCACCUCCAUCGCCACUGCCGGCCUCCUUCUUACAACCAAGUACCAGCAGAUCUACACAAUUGAUCAACGAAACUACCCGGGUGGCCCGAUAGCGUAUGACAUCAAGUACGGUGCCAAUCCUAUCACCACUGGGGAACGCAUCUGCGACUUCAUGGUUAACUGGAUGGCAGACGGGCUGCUAACAUACCGAGUCUAUGUAAUAUACGGGCGGGAGAUCAUCGUAGCGAUCCCGAUUUUGACAUUCCUAGCAUCAUUCUCUAUGUCUAUCGUCGAGCUUUACAUCGUCACGCGCCCAAACUCGUCCAUCUAUCAGCACAAGAGCGUCGAGCAUGGACUGAUAUACUGGUCUCUGUCGGUCGCCGUCAAUGUCAUGGUCACUGUACUCAUCGUCACCCGCCUACUCGGCGCUCGCCGCCGGCUCACUGAAGCAUUGGGAAAGGCUGCGCGUCAGUCCGGUGAGAUCUACGCAAACAUCUCGGCCAUCCUCGUCGAGAGCGCGAUGUUGUAUACCGUCCCAGCAAUCAUCUUUCUCGUCGGUUACUCCCUCGGGAAUGUACUAAAUGCUGCCAUACACGCACUUGAGGUCAUACAGGGUAUCGCCCCGCUUCUCAUCAUUCUGCGAGUCGCGAAUGGAAGGGCAUAUUCCACAGUGACCAAGAUCACCUCGUUCGGAGUAACUUCCAACGGGAAACGCUCAUAUCCCAUGGGUUGGGACCGUGUUCCAAGACACUCGAACUACCAACACCAGUGGUAG